CGACAAAAGUUCGCGACCCUGAAGGCAAUGAAACUCCCCACCAUCAUCACUCAAAUCGAGAGGGCCAACAACAUAAGAGCGCUUUGCCUCAGUCCCAUAAUUCCUCGCCUUCGCGUUCUAGCCCAAAAAGCGGCAUCAUUCCACCACCGCCUCCUCCCAC